AUGAAACAUAAUCAGAGCUGCUGUCAGACGCCUCCAAGUGUCACUGUUCAUAUAAAAUCAAGUGCAACCAGAUCAUAUCAACAAAAAAAAGUUCUUGGCCUUAAACGUCCUAAAUUUAAAGACAGCCAGGAGACCUGUGGGAAAAAUGUUAAUAACAAGCCAAACCGUUCAAAAGGUUCAUGUCUAGUUAUUCAGCGUCAGGAAAUGACAGCUUUCUUUAAAUUAUUUGAUGAUGAUUUAAUUCAAGAUUUCUUGUGGAUGGAUUGCUGCUGUAAAAUUGCAGACAAGUAUCUUUUGGCAAUGACUUUUGUUUAUUUCAAGAGGGCUGGCUACAAUAUAAAUGAACACACGAGGCUUAAUUUCUUUGUCGCUCUGUACCUCGCAAAUACAGUUGAAGAAGAUGAAGAAGAGUCAAAAUACGAGAUUUUCCCAUGGGCUUUAGGAAAAUCUUGGAGAAAGCGUUUCCCAGAUUUCUUGGUUCUAAGGGAUGAACUCUGGAGUAAAAUGGAUUACAGGGCUAUUGUAAGCAGACGCUGUUGUGAGGAGGUCAUGGCUAUUGCCUCAACACAUUAUAUCUGGCAGCGGGAACGUUCUCUCCAUCAUAGUGGAGCUAUAAGGAACAAUGGCCGAGCGGAAGUACAGCUGCCUCGAGGACCUAAUGCUACACCUGCAGAUUGCUUGCUUUGCGGGAAAAAGAGAAGAUUUAUAAGGCUAGGAUUAUCAUCCUCUUCCUCCAAUGGUACUCUGGAAAUCAUGGAGCAACACAUAGCUCAGGGACUGCAUGACUCUCUUCAAGCUGAUAAAAGAAUUUCUGAGUCACCGCCUCACUGUUACUCCCAAGAUUGCAACAAACUACACGACAUAGGAAGAAAAGGUUGCUAUGCAACUCAAGAUAAAUCCAUGGCUUGGUUUACUGGAAGUGAAGAAUGAAAAAAAUA